GCAGCAUAAGUGCACAGCCAGCCACGAAGUUGUCCUGUCACGUACGUAGUCCCGCCUUCAGUUGAAACUUUCGCGGCAUCUGCUGAGAGACGUUCGUUUGUCUCUUAACAUAAGUCAGAGGGGCGGAAAUGGUCGCUUGUCAAGUAAGAUUGCCGGUUGAACCUCAUUCUUCUAUUCAAGUGUACACAAAACGAGCAAAUAUUGAAGUGACGUAACACGUUUCACUUUUUGACCCAGUUGAGUUUGAGGAAGUCUAGGAGCGGCUACGUUUAUUUUCCCAGUAUUUUAUCUCUUGUCCGCAUUUAUACGGACACUAACCAUGUCCGGGGGUGUUCCACGUACACACACAAGAAGUCGAUAAGAAAAUGCGAUCACAACACUCGACUUUGUUAGAUCAAGUGUAGUAAAGGGUAUUGAAUGGAGAAAAGCAGAGAGGAAGAGAACAGCAACGACGACGGAGAUAAAGCUGCUGGUUGCAGAUUGGAAGAUGAGCAUUUAGUAGUGACACCUACGUCCAGAUAUGGAGAUACAGACUCUUCUGAGAUUUUAAGGAAGGACUCGGAUCGUGUCUACAAUGAGCAGCUGCAUUCAGAGAGAAGAGCCGGAGUUCAGAGACAUCGUGAUGAGGGAGAUGCUGUCUCAGUGUCAGAUUCCUGUUUCAUGGACACCUGCAAUCCUUCCAUAUCCAGUCUUUCGUCGUCGUCCUUCUCCUCUGUGAUAUGCCUCACACCACCCUUACCUCCCUCUGUGGAGCUUUCAGCCGUGUUGACUGAUACCAGGCUGACCCUGGAUGUCUAUCUGGGGGGAGCAGCUGCAUUGGCGCUACUAUGGGGUUCCAUUCCAGGGCACCUCAAGGGGCUCCGGUACCUGAGACUUGGUUCUGAGGAUAGACCUGCACUGGAGGGUGCCCUGUGUGUCCUCCCCCAUUUGACCGAACUACGCUCGCUUGCCAUACGAGGGCACUGCAUUUAUGAUGCACAAGGAAACCCCUUGCCUGGCCUCCUCACCACUUUGCCCAAUUCCCUCAACUCACUCUGUCUCUUGGUGCACGUGGAUCUUUCCUUCAACCAGCUCUCUGUCCUUCCAUCGUGUCUUCUCAGCUUACCUUCGUUGUCCGCCUUGCUCCUGUGUCACAACUGCUUCUCGGAGCUGCCCCCUGAUAUAGGCCAGCUGUCCAGCCUCACCUAUCUCUCCCUCAUUGGAAAUAAACUAGUUUCUCUGCCUGCGAGUUUAGGCCAGCUAAAAGAGCUACAGACACUGGAUGUUUCAGAUAACCUCCUUGAGGAACUGCCGAAUGAAAUUGGUUCUCUGGGAGAGCUGAAAAAGCUCGAACUGUCCCACAACAAGUUGAAGAGACUACCAGAGACCAUGGGCUCUCUGCGUUCCCUGAGGGAGCUUUUCAUCUUCAGCAAUGAACUCCACUUCAUCCCACCUUGCCUUAAUGAUUUGCCGUUGUUGAAAAUAGAUGUUCGUGAUAAUCCUUUGGGGCAACCGCCGACUCUUCCACCCCUCUCCCUUGCAACUGACGAAGCAGAACCAAAUAUUCCUGAGUUGCAUCUACUAUUCAAUCAGCACAGAUUUAGUGUUACGUCUGCUGGAUGUCAUGUGUUUCUCCCAGGGGGGACGCAGCUGCUGUUCCCCCCGGGGUGUCUGCAGUCUCCAACAAUCUUGGAGUGGGCAGAGAGGAGACCUCAGCGAAAGUGGGUGUUGCUCGAGGAGCAUGACAUUCUCCUCAGUCGUCCGCUGGAACUUCGUCCUCAUGGCAUUACCUUUCUUAAGCCAGUCGAGGUGUGUAUGGCACAUCACCGCAAAAAAUGGAAGGAGGCGGUGGUACGGAAGUAUGAUGGAACUUCAUGGAACACUUUACCUACUUCUGUCAGAAAAGGACGUGAGAAGCACAGCAUUCACUUCUUGGGUCGUCCAACCAGGCUGGCCUGCUGUUCCGUGAGCCAAUUUUCAUGGUUUAUUGUGGUCGCCCGUCCAGUGAGAGACAGCUGCUCAGUAUCACCAGCAGGAGCCCUUCUAGUGUCCAGCAUCGACCCUGGAGUCAAGCUGAACUUCCCUCCAGACUCCACCGGUCAAACUCGCACUAUAACUUUACAGGUGCUCCAGGUGUCAGUGUCAGAGGUUCAGGCGCUGUGUGGUGAUCCACAAGCGAGUGUCAGUCCUCUCCUCUGUCUCUCACAAACUCCCAGCAUGCAUUUCCUACAGCCAAUCAAAGUUCAAGUCCCUCUGCCACCAGGGGUUACAGGUCACACUGUUGAUAAGUCGUGUUUGUAUCUACUACAUGGAGACUCCACUGCCCAAACCUGGACAGACAUCACAUCACAAGUGUCUCUCUAUGUCACCCACUUGUAUGCCAUUUUUUACAUUACACAUUUCUCCUGGUACUGGCUGUGGUACAAGACUCAGAGUUGUGUUAGUGGCAUGGUAAGAAAGGUGUACCAAAGGCUGAAGCAGUUUAAAGUCCAGUUCAUGGUUCUCCAGCGGAAAACGGACCCUUCUCAAGUCCUGCUGCAGUGUUUACCAGCUAACAAGGUGGAAGACAGAGUACAGUCACUGUCAGAGCAGUACGAUGGACCCCAGCCUUCAGACCUAUGUGACCUUCUGGAAGGAGAACAGUUCUUUGCUGGCUUUGAGAGAGGCUUGGAUAUUUGCACAGACAGACCAGACUGUGUCGGGGGAAGACUGUGUUUUGUGUUUUACUCCAACCUGAAGAAUCUGAAGGAAGUUUACAUCUCUCCUGCAAAGGGCCACUGGGCUCCAGUGAGAGGAGAAGUCUCUUUUUACAGAGGGGACAUUCCCAGCGGUUUGCCAGAGGAAGUAGUAAGGAAAAGAAAAGGACAUGACAGCCAAUGGCUUGCAACUUUACCGCUAAGACUUCCUGCACUAAAUGCUGACAACAAGUAUAUAACGGAAGAGCUCCAGCUUCCUCCCCUGAACCUCGGAGACCCUGAGAGUGGCUACCUGACAGAAGCCAAUCUGCUGUCCAUCUCUCUCCAGAUUGGACAGGAUUGGCGCGUUAUUGGCAUCAAUCUCGGUUUAAGCUACCAGGAGUUAGAACGCAUCCAAUACAAAUACAGAAAGGAAAUACAAAAUAUACAGUUGUCACGGAUGCACAUCAAGAAUUACUACAUCUCAACUAAUGAGGGACAAUCUUGGAGCUCUGGUGCUGGACAUGCUCUUCCACUGGGCCCAAGGACAGAAGAGCGCCGGGCCUGGGGCAGUGUCACGAUUGACGGCCGCCAUGAUUGAGAGUGGCAGGAGGGACCUUGCAGAUGAGCUGGAAGACAUAGUCAGUCUGGGAAAGCAAAAGUACACAGAGUCACUGAGGAGAGUAGGCCUGGAGGCGGAGGGACAGCCCCUCUGUGAAAGCCACCAGUAGAGAAUUUCUCACUGAGUGCAGGUGGCGUUCCUCUUUGUUUGUCCUACUUUACAAAACCAUAGUCUGCACAGAAUGUAUACUAGAUGCUGGUUGCAUCCUUUUUAUCGAACACUACAACAUUCUACUUAAAAAAGACAUGCAUUAACUGAAAGACGUCUCAAUUAUGUCAUUGAACCUUUGAAUUUGAUUGACCCCUAUUGAACCGGUUUCAAUUAGACCUGUCAGGAUAAGAUUAAGCGGCUGAGCAAACACUAACAGCUGUUGAAGUUUUCACAGCUUUGACUCGCAUACAGAGCAUGAACUUGUCACGAAAAUCUCUUCAGCUCUCUUACGCAACAGACUGCUAGUUUUGAAAUUAUGAAUUUGCAUCGUUUUCAUUGUGUGAAUGAGCACUGCUAUUGUAACAAUAUUAAUUAAAUGUUACAUCCCGUUUAGUUGGCAGGGUCUGACUUUUUCUCCCAUUAAUCACACGAGGAUAACUUCCACAUUACUCCACUGGCUACCGUGUGCUUUUAUUUAGCUUAUUUCAUAAUCAACAUACACCUUUUAUGUAGCAUAACCAUAGUCCAUAUUUAAUUGUAUACGCUUUCCCUGUAGUUUUGUACAGUAAGUGUUUUUUCAUUGUGUUUAUUUUUAUCAUUUUUUUUUAAAUGUCACCAGUUGGUGUAAAUCAAUUAUAUCAAGCUUGCGUUGAGUGUGUAUCCUGGUUGUGCGUUUACACUGAACUCACAUUGGCAGGGAAUGGAUACAUACCUAUUCUAAUCUAAGGAUAUCAGAUUCCAAUUGAUUCCAUUUUUUUUGUCUUUUUACGCUGCAAUGAAUGAUAUAUAAAUCAGCCAUGUGUGGUGUGGUAUAUAAUGGCUCGUUAAAAAAAAUAUCAGCAUUCAUAAUGUGUUUCUCUGUAAAAUGGCUUUGUGUACAUUUUUGAUUUUAAUGAUUUAAUUUUUUUAAAUCAGCGGCAUUCAGCUACCACAACGCCACAGCCCUACCCAUGUGUUUGCAUAUUCGAACUAAAUAUAUUUUAAAUCUUGAA